CCCGUGUCAAGGCGCUGGGAAGAAGAAAACGAUAAAAAGGAGGGGGAGGGGGAGGGGAAAGGGAAAGGCGGCUGCCUGGCCUGGCCUGGGAUUGAUCCUGGGAGUGGUUUUGUUUUGGUCAGAUAACACAGCUGGCAGAUGUUUCAUGAAAGAGUUUAUGUCCCUGUUUUGAUGAAAAGCUGAUAGUCUCGGUCUCUUCACUGCCCCCGGCCCUCCCUCGAGUUUCAGGGCGGCUUGUUAUUUGUUUUCUAUUCCAGCAACGCGGAGCGGCGCGGCCUUGUCUCUGGCAGGAGGAAACGCUCUGCGUCUGUGGGUGAAAAACAGCAGCGGCGCUCCCUGCAGUGAAACGCUCGGUUGUUUCAUCUACAUCGCUCUCCCGCCCGGUUUUUCUUCCUCUUCGCCUCCCCCCCCUUCCCUUCUUCCCCUCUUCCCCUCCCCGCUCCCCCCCCCCCUUCCCUUCCAGUGAUGGUAAAUGCAGUGUAAGGUUUAAGCAGAAAUAUGGGAAAUUGUUUGAAAUCUCCGACGUCCGAUGACAUUUCUUUGCUUCACGAGUCUUCUGACCGGGCGAGUUACGGAGAUGGCACCGAAAUAGACCAGGAGCCGCCGCCGCCAUAUCAGGAGCAGGUUCCGGUUCCUGUUUAUCAUCCUACUCCAAGUCAGACUCGGCUGGCCACUCAACUUACUGAAGAAGAACAGAUCAGAAUAGCGCAAAGAAUAGGCCUCAUUCAGCACCUGCCCAAAGGAGUCUAUGACCCAGGAAGAGAUGGAUCGGAAAAGAAAAUUAGAGAGUGUGUUAUAUGUAUGAUGGACUUUGUUUAUGGUGAUCCAAUUAGGUUUCUUCCAUGCAUGCAUAUUUAUCACCUGGACUGUAUAGAUGACUGGCUGAUGCGAUCUUUCACAUGCCCAUCUUGUAUGGAACCAGUGGAUGCUGCAUUGCUUUCUUCAUAUGAAACCAACUGAGAAGGCUUUGCAUCUGUGAUACCAUGGAAGAAAUAAAUCCUGAUCUCUACCACUGAGCCAAAGAGUCAGAGAUUUGGAGAACCCUGAUUGUAUGCGAUCAUGUACUAAGUACAACACUGACAAUAACUCAUGACUGCAGUUGUUUUAAAAAAAAAUUUGUAUGCAUAUACUUAAAUGCUGUUAUUUAAAAUCUACAAAGCCUUGACCACAUGUUAUGAACUUGAAUAUAAAUGAGCUAACACAUUGAAGCAGUAAAUGGUGACCAUUGGUUUGGUCACGUUAGGAUAGAAAUGACUGAUGUGACAGGUGUUUCAAAAAUUUAAAACAUGCUUACAUGUUAAAGAAAUGGUAUCCUCUUUUAAUUAAGGCUGUUUGGAGUGAUUUUAUAUUUGACACAUAAAAUGGUGUUUUCACACUAACCAGUUAUCAGUGUCCCAUGCAGCAGAACUCUCAGGAAUAAUGGGUGCUUACUUUCUCUUUUGGUAUAAAGCUCUCUGGGGAACAUUUUUUUAAAUUGAAGAGCUCUUAAAUUAUACAUCUGUGGCUUAUUUAUUUAUGCAUAUGCACAUACAGGCACUUGUCUGUGUGUGCAUAUGAGGAGAUCCCUGCCUAUAGAUUUAUAUGUGAAAUACCUGGCAUUUUUGGUGCCUCUUUAGGUCAGAAGAGCCUCUGCAAAGAUUGGCAUAUUGGGUCAUUAGUUUCCUUGACAAAAUGUAAUAUUAUUGCUGUAUUUUUUAUCAUUUAAAUUUUCAACUACUCCAAACCUUAUUUGCUGGGAUGUGACAAGAAAUGUAGAUCCAAAUUAUGAGUGCAGGUUUUUUGCUACCUUAAAGGAUACUAUUUCUGCAGUGCAGUGUGUUUAGUAUUUUGUAUUGGUUUGUUCCAACAGUGAUUUGAUGGUAUAUUAACAUUUUGGUCAAGGCUUUGUGUAUAGGAAAACUCUAGGUGCCAGUAUAAUGAACAAAUUGUGCAGAAAAUUAAAAUGUUUACCAUCUUAUUUUAAGGGUCACUUGGCUUCAGUUCAAAUGUUUUUAGUACUGAAUUUGGGCUGAAGGAAAAUUUUGUAAUACAGUAAUAUCUCUCUGAUCACCAAGCAAUGAUGCUAAGUCUGGUCAUUUUCCUGAAGGAAAUAUGUUCUGUGCAAAAUCCUGAGAGCACGUAAUAUAGAACAGUAAACUAAUGGAUGUCCUUAAAAAUUUUGAUACAAUAACGGAAUUCUGUUUAAUUUUACAGCUUAAUGAGUCAUUGGCCUUGGCAAUUGUCUGUAAAAACACAAUCAAAAUUCAAAUUAUGCACAGAUGGAAUGAUAGUAUUUACAAUGCAUUGUUUACUUCGAUUAGCGUGUACCAAGUCAUGAUACAAUUAAGUUAUUGUUUGGCAUGAGUUGCAAGAACAAGAAACCAUGAUGCUUAAGAACAUUAGUGAAUGAAUCUUAAUGUAAUCAAAUUCCAAUUGAAUCUGCUGUUAUAAAACAAGUGCAGUGGACUGUUUUAAGGGGCAUUCUCUGAAAAUGUAUUUGCCAAGCACAUUGAGGAAAGGCAAGUCCAAAUGAUGUAACCUUUUAAUACAAUUUAUUGUUAUCUUUUUGAAGUUUGCAGAUACUUUUUCAUGAAAAUCCUGCCUCAAGUUACUGUAUAUUUUAAAAAAAAUCAAAUUGUGAAAUGAUGAAAAACUUUAUAAUUGGACCUGGAGUUUUCUCUUUUCCAGAAAAAAAUCACACUAAUCUGUAACACUGGCACAAAGUAGGAAUUUAAAGCUUUUUUGCACAGUUCUUUUCCAUUACAAAUGGAACUCAUGGCCUUAGGUCUUUUGAAAUGGUGUCUUGUUAUGACUGAGACUAGCAUGGUGCUCAAAAAAAAAUUGAUUCAGGAUACAACUCUGAUCAUAGCGAAUGAUUGCAAUGACUACAUUUGAGAAUCAAGCAGUUCCAGUGGUGUGCAGAACUUCAAUUAAAGGCAGAGAUGCAUUUUCAAAAUCUUUCCGUUCACAUUUUGCAUUAACGAUUCUGAAUUUUUGAGUACUACUAUGUGGCUUGCAGGAAUUCCAAACGAAUGGAAACUGUGCCCAGAUGACUAGUGAGGGGAAGUUUGUUUGCUGAAAAUAUCUUGAGGUUCUAUCUUUUAAAUUGUAUAGUUUGCAGAAUAAAAGGCAAGAUUCUAAAUCAGACAUUUUCCCCUGUUACGUGAGGGACAAAUAUUGCAAUAGCUGCCACUGUAUGGUUAAGAGCCAUUGGUCUUAAAUUGGUGAAAAGGAAGACCUGGAUUUGUGCAAUAUUUUAAUGGAGAAAACAUAGUAUUUACAGCUGUUUCUUUUAUAACCAUUCCACAAACUUUAACUGUACACCUUUACAGUAAUGUUUAAAUUUCAACUGUUAUUGUGCACAUUGUGAGGUGCAGGAAUAAGUGGGAGUAAUCACGAGUGUUGUGUGUGAAGCUAACAAUAUUUUGAGUGUUUCAUUUUAUUUAUGUGACAUUACACAUUGGUUCAGCAAUGGUGAGUUGAAUAGACUUUUAGUGGUGGUAUGUUUCUAGGCACUUUCUGUUACCAGCAUAAACAAGGAUUUUGUUUUGAUAUAAUUGUAAGACCUUUAGUGCUCCAAGUCUGUAAUAAUUGGCUUGCCUCCUUGAAUAGCUCGGUGGCAGCAUGAUUUUAUAUUUCUUUCCUUUAUAAAUAGUAUGCUACUUUAAGGAAAUUAAUUGUGCAGUUCACUAGUGCUUUUGAUGUUGAAAUACCAAAAAGAUUAAGUGUUAUUUCCCCACAAUCCAAAAAUCUUUUACUUUUAAUAUUGCUGCCAUCUGAGUAAUAUCAUCCACACUAGAUUUCCACAUUUUUGUGGCCCACCUGAGAAUUAAUGGGAUCACUUAAGUGUUGAGCUAUCAUGUUUCCUACUGCCUUUUCCCAUUGACCCCAUUGGGAGCAAAAUGACAAUAAGAAUUUCAGAUUAAACUUGCACCAUGAUUCUAAAAUGCCACCAUAAAAGCGCAUGACUACAAUUUUGAUAAUUUCUCUUCAAAACUCUUAAAACAUUGAAAAAAAAAUGAAUUACUCCCACUUUAGUUUUGGCAUAUUACUACCUUAAUUUAUAGUUCAUUGAACUUGGCGUCCAGACUUAAGUAUGUCCUAGAGUGGAAAAAUUGGACCACGUUUUGUUUUUUGAUGAUAUUGGGGAAAUGGUUGGGGGCAGAAGGAUGACAUUUUUAGCUUUCAAUUGUUACCUUUUUUACUUUUUUCAAAAAGAAGUCAAGCAGAUUAUGGCUGCCUACUACUGUACAACUGUAUAGCCACUAAUUUUAAUAAGUUUGCUCAAGACCUUUGAUUCUUGAUGGUGAAAAGACUGAGGAAAAUAUUUACGAAUAUGUCAAGUUCUCAACAUUAAAUUUGGUGAUUUGGUUGAAAUUUUAUAAUAUUCCUAAACAUGCAACAGUGAAUUUCCUGGCUAUAUGGUAUAAAAUAUUUCUAUGCACAUUGUAGGCCAUUUUAUUGCAUUAUCUACUCAAAUUUGCUGAAAAGUAGGUUGUAAUGUUCUUCACAAGUUGUAUAACCAAUGUUAAAUUUGCUCCAGAUUUAUUGGUAAUCAACUUGUCUUAAUAAAUAUUAUGCUUUUUCAUUGUUUA